UCUCAAGUUGAAGAGCAAUGGCGUGCGUUGUUCCUCCAAGGAAGAAGAAGAAGGGGCAAUACGGCGUCGCAGAGCUGAAAACCCUAGGGAAGGAGCUUCUGUCAUCAGCAUCGCACAUCAACAACCUCCCUCUUCUCCUCACGUUCGUUUCCCCUUCUUCUCCACCUCACCAUGUCCUCGAAUCUCUCCUCUCACUCCACUCCUUUUUCCUCCCUCUCCUCCCUCAGCUCCCUUCCUCCGCCGCCACCGCCGCAUCCUCCUCCUCCUCCACCGACGUCGACCAGUCCCAAUUGAUUUACCUCACAUGGCUCCGUUCCAAGUUCGACGAGUUCGUCAAGUCCCUCAUCUACGUUCUCGUUUCGCCGCAAUCCGAUGAAACUCUCAAGGAACUCGUGUUGGACACGGUAAUGGAGUUUGUGAAGGUGGCCAAUGGGGGAAACUUCCACUCUGCUAUAUAUCACAGGCUUCUCCAUUGUAUCGUUCACUCUACUAGUCCUGCUGAAGUUUUGGUGGAUUUACUUGCAUCUAAGUAUUUCAAGUAUAUUGAUGUCCGUUAUUUUACAUUCAUAAGCCUAAAAAAGCUCGCUAGAACUUUGGAGGGAAAAGAUACCUCAGAUGAUACAAUUGCAAGUGGAGAUGGCACCGACGAAAGUCAAUUGAGCUCAAAUAUGGAGGGUGUCAUCCGCAAUUUUUAUUACACUAUAUCACAUGUCCCCUCUCUUGAAGACUUGGAUAAUAUAUCUGAUUUUGAAAUGUGGAGCAGAUCAGAAAGUGAUCAUAAGCAGCUUUCUGGAGAUGUGGAUGCUGGUGAUAAGCAGCUGAAGCGACAUAAGCAUAACAAUAAUGUAUUGUCUGCGGCCAAAAUUGCCAAGAAGAUGAAGUUAAAAUUUACUAAUGCAUGGAUUGCGUAUCUUAGAUUGCCACUUCCUCUUGAUUUGUACAAGGAGGUUCUCGUUAACCUUCAUCAAGCAGUUAUUCCUCAUCUGUCUAAUCCCAUCAUGUUAAGUGAUUUCUUAACUAGAUCAUAUGACAUUGGUGGCAUAGUAAGUGUGAUGGCUCUUAGCAGUCUUUAUGUCCUAAUGACCCAGUAUGGAUUGGAAUACCCAAAUUUCUAUGAAAAACUUUAUGCCCUCUUAGUUCCAUCUAUCUUCAUGGCUAAACAUCGAGCAAGGUUUUUCCAGCUUCUUGAUUCUUGCCUUAAGUCACCACUUCUUCCAGCUUACCUGGCUGCUUCCUUUGCAAAGAAAUUGAGUAGGUUGUUGCUUGCAGUUCCUCCUUCGGGGGCAUUGGUCAUUACGGCUCUAAUUCAUAAUAUUUUGCGUAGACAUCCUUCAAUCAACUGUUUGGUACACCGGGAAGAUGGUGUUGAUGAAGGGGAAGAUGAUCAUAGAACAGAUGACGGAAAUGCUGCAACCUUGGAUAAUGCCAAGACUGGUGCCCUUCCCUGCCAGAAACCUGGAAUUGACCAUUUUAACAAUGGGGAAACUAAUCCUAAGAAGUCAGGCGCUAUGAGAAGUUCUCUUUGGGAAAUUGAUACCAUUCUUCACCACUACUGUCCGCCUGUCUCACGGUUUGCUUUGUCUCUUGAGAAUGAUUUGACAGUCAGGGCCAAAACAAGUGAAGUUAAUGUUGGUGAUUUUAGUGCCGGUUCAUAUGCAACAAUACUUGGAGCAGAGAUAUCACGGAGGGUAAAGCGGGUUCCCCCUGCAUUCUACAAAGCAACUCCUACUACUCUGUUUUCAGAGACUGAUUUUGCUGGUUGGACUUUCAAAUGUGAAGAAACUCCCGAAACGAUCGUUGACAAUAAUGAGAAUGCUACUAAAGAUUUAUCGGAACAUAAAUGCAGUUCCGUGAAAUGACAACGAACGGAAUGCCAUUGAUUCAUGUUUGUCAGCCUCGAAAAUAGUGUUCUGUGAAGGUGUUACUAGUUUUAUAUUUUUCUUUUGAGGAAGAAAAAACUGCCUCCGGCCACCGAGGGGGGGACGGGGGUUGUAAGGAGUAUUUCAUGUUUAUCCAUAAUCUUCUCAUUGAAGUCAUGAUUAUAUAUGUAGGAUAACUAUCCCCAUUCUUUUUGUGGCUAUUUAUGGUGCAUAAGCUUAACAUUUCAUUUAUUAAAUUGAAAUGUAAGAUUUACAGGUUA